CUUAUGAUACUUUUCUUUUCUUGUCUCCCAUUUCUUUGUAUUUCUUUUGACAGGAUCCAGUCAAAUUAUUGCACAAUAUUACCAGUUUAUUCGGCUUGGCUUUGAGGGUUAUAAAAACAUCAUGGAAAAUUGCUUGGAGAAUACAAGAGUUCUGAAAGAGGGAAUUGAGAGAACAGGGCAGUUUAACAUCAUCUCCAAGGAUAUAGGGGUGCCCCUUUUGGCCUUCUCUUUGAAAGACAGUAGCCAAUACUCAGUGUUUGAGAUAUCAGACCAGCUGAGAAAAUUUGGCUGGAUAGUUCCAGCCUACACAAUGCCACCAGAUGCACAACACAUUGCAGUCCUAAGGGUGGUGGUCAGGGAGGAUUUCAGCCGUGGCUUGGCUCAGAGACUUGUUUCUGACAUAGAAAAAGUUAUGAAGCUCUUGGACUCACUUCCAAGCACUGUCUCUAACAAAACUGCUCAUAUCACAGCCAUCACUAAUGAGGCUAGUGAGAAGAUAAAGAAGAGUGCAACAGAAACUCAGAGAGAGAUUGUUUUGUACUGGAAGCGACUUGUGGGUGGCAAGAAACAUGGAGCAUGCUAGGGUUACCAAAUCUUGGUUUUUGAUAACCUUGUUGAGAGUGAUGGUGCUGCUUUCAUAUUUAUGUGCAUGUGUGUUUGUGAUGGCUAUGUAGCAAUAAGAAACGGCAAUGCAUGACAGAUUCUUAUAGUC